AUGUCACACUUGUGGAAUAUACCCGACCAUGCCCCAGAAGCCAUAAAGGAAAUGGAGGUCCAGGAUAUUGAAGAUCCAAUGGUGACAAGGAUGAAAAAUCUUAUAUUUUGUGAGGAUAAUGCACCUCAGAUUACAAUUGAUCAUGAACUGGUUGAAUUUAUUGAGACGAGUACAAGAGGCCAGAGGACAUCAGAAAUGUGGCAGAAACUACAUAUUGGUCGUUUAACCAGUUCCAUAUUUGGUGAUGUAUUGAAGGCUGGACCCAAUCCAAAGUCUUUGAUCAAGCAAAUUGUAGAGGGGUCUAGUCUUCAGAAGUAUGCAUCUCUGCCACCAGCUGUUCAGUGGGGACAACAAAAUGAGGCAAAGGCACGCUCAGAGUAUGUCAAUCUGAAGACUGCCACAAACAACAAAUUUAAAGUUGAGGAUACAGGUCUCACAUUGUGCACAGAUAACUCAUUUUUGGGUGCCUCCAGUGACGGGAGAGUUUUUGAUGGUGACAGCAUAGGUGUACUAGAGAUUAAGUGUCCAUACUCCAUCAAGGGAACUCAAGUAACAACAAUGGAAGUGAGUGAGAUUAUUGCAAUGGGAUGUCCAAAUUUCUGUUUAGAAUAUAGUAUGGAAGGACCACGUCUCAAAAAGAGCCACAGGUUUUAUGCUCAAGUUCAGGGAGAAAUGGCAAUUAUGCGAUUACCAUGGUGUGACUUUGUAGUAUGGACAGAUGCUGCUCAGAACAAUAUUUGUAUUGACAGAAUAUAUUUUGAUUCAGAGUUUGUGUCCUCUAUGAUGCCUAGACUUAUUGAAUCUUAUAUGCAUCACAUUAUCCAGUUACAGAACUCCAGAUAA